CGUCUUCCUCCUGCCUUCUCCCCUUCGUCCUCGCCCAACUCAAUCCCUCUCCUCUUACCAUUUCGCAAAUCACCACCCAAAUCUACUGAAAACACCUGCUUUUUCCUGCGCGCCUUCGAUCUGAAACCCCUAGCUCGGAGUACUCAAGAAGAUUUCACGGAGCCGGAGUAGGAGUAGUUAUUUCUUACAUUCCUGUAAUCUUCCUGCUACGUCACAGCAAUUAGCGGCUCAAAUCCGCACGGCCCGAGCAGCUAUCGAUUUCGCUGGGAUGGGAUUCUCGAUGUAGCGUAUACUUCAGCUGUAUUGCGAAAGAUUGAAUCGAAUCGAUUGCUGGAGGCGUGGAGUUGAGCAGCUCUUGCCUCUUGGAGUACCUGCGAAUCGAAGUGAUCCAGAGAUUGGACCUGUUGGUCCUACCGCGCCAUGGCGCUGUUCCGGAAGUUUUUCUAUAAGAAGCCGCCCGAUGGGCUGCUCCUCAUCACGGACAACAUAUACGUUUUUGAUCAUUGCUUCUCCAUGAAAGAGAUGGAAGAGGACCAUUUUGAAGCACAUAUUAGAGGCAUUGCAGGAGAUCUUCUGGAAAAUUUUCGUGAUCACUCAUUCAUGAUCUCGAAUUUUGGGACUAGGAAGGAAGAAAGCCCUAUAUACCACAUUUUAUCUGAUUACGGUAUGACUGUAUUAGACUACCCUGGCCACUAUGAGGGAUGUCCACUCCUGACUAUGGAAAUGAUUCACUGUAUCUUGAAGUCCAGCGAAAGCUGGCUUUCCUUGGGUCAGCAUAAUUUACUGCUAAUGCACUGUGAACAAGGGAGCUGGCCUGUUCUGGCUUUCAUGUUAGCUGCUCUUCUAAUAUACCUGGGGCAUUAUUCCAAUGAGCAGAAAACACUGGAUAUGCUCUACAAACAAUCAUCUUUGGAGCUUUUGGAGAUGUUUUCACCUCUGAAUCCCAUGCCUUCUCAAAUAAGAUAUCUGCGCUAUAUAUCAACUAGGAAUGUCAUGCCUGAGUGGCCUCCAGCUGAUCGAGCCCUCACAUUAGAUUGUGUUAUUUUGAGGAUGGUUCCAAAUUUUCAAGGUCAAGGUGGUUUCCGUCCAAUAUUCAGGAUAUAUGGCCCAGAUCCACUCAUGCCCCCUGAUCAGACUCCAAAAGUUCUGUUUUCAACUCCAAAGAAAAGCAACCUUGUCCGGUUUUACUCACAGGCAGAUGAACUGGUGAAAAUAAACCUUCAAUGUCAUGUCCAAGGAGAUGUUGUGCUAGAGUGUAUCAAUUUGUAUGAGGAUCUGGAUCGUGAAGAGAUGAUUUUCCGGAUCAUGUUCAACACAGCAUUCAUCCGAUCGAACAUCUUGAUGCUUAACCGUGAUCAUGUAGACAUGUUAUGGAAUGCAAAAGACCAAUUCCCUAAAGAUUUUCGGUUUGAGGUUAUCUUUUCCGAUAUGGACGCAGUUACUUCACAUGUCACAACAGAGCCUGUUAUUCAUCAAGAGAAACAAGGACUUGGGGUUGAAGAGUUUGCUAAGGUGCUAGAUAUCUUUAACCAUUUAGACUGGUUGGAUGGGAAGAGGGAUACUGUACCUCACACAACCCAACUAAAGAUAUCAGCAGUUACUGAUGAGCCUGAGACUUUCUUUGAUACUCGAGAAGAACUUGAGUCUGAAAUUUUACAUGGUCAAAUUAACUCUUCUACUGUUGUUCUGAAGCUUGGAAGUGAAUUUGGUAUGCUUGUCAGCACUGAACCAAGACAUAUUCGCCUAGAUUCAAGUUCAGCUAAUGCUCAAUCUAAAUCACAAACUACAGCACUAUCUCCUUCUCGAACACAACCUACUACAGCGUUGUUAUCACCUUCUAAGGUUAAGAUUCCAAAGACCACUGCUUCAUCAAGGGAACUGUCUUCAAAUACAGUCAUGCCGCAACGAUCAUCUUCGCCAGUUCAGCCUCAGCAACUAAUGUCUGACUCUGCGGUCCAAAUGUUAACAGAGAUAUCAGAUUCAGCAUCAGCUGAGAAGUCUGGUUCACAAACUCCAGUUGAGCAUUCAUCACCUCUGAUGGCAAAUAAAUCAGCACCAACUGCAUCCCUGAUACACUUGUGCACACCUCCUCCUCUUCCUCCCCCUCCACCCACUGUCUCAUUACUCCCUGUUCCUGCUAAGUUACCCCAAAAUACUAGCACAAGUACCAUCGAUAUCUCCCUUAGAUCAACUGUGCACCCUUCCUCACCUUCUUCAGAACCAUCAGUCCCUCCUCAAGGUUUUUCGAGAACUGGACAACUGGUCAAGUCACAAGAACCUUCUAAUGAAAUUCAUGGGAAGUUACAAACUGAUAGUGCUGAAGGUCCCAAUGUUUUCGCAUUGUCAGCGGAUUUGUCAUUGUCACUGGAUAAGAAAUUAAGAUCAGAUACUACACCGCCGCCGCCACCACCACCUCCGCCUCCACCUCUUCAAAAAUCAGGCAUGAUGCUGCUCCUUUCCACCCCCACCCCCUCCAUCUCGAACACCGCCUGUUCCACCUCCACCUCCUCCUCUGUCUGGAGCACCGCAUGUCCCACCUCCACCACCACCUCCUUCUCAACACCGCCUGCUCCACCUCCACCACCACCUCCUUCUCAAACACCGCCUGCUCCACCUCCACCACCUCCUCCAUCUCGAACACCGUCUGUUCCACCUCCACCUCCUCCUCCGUCUCGAGCACCGCAUGUUCCACCUGCACCACCACCUCCUUCUCAAACACCGCCUGUUCCACCUCCACCACCUCCUCCUUCACAAAGUUUUCCAUCCAUAAGUAAAAGAAAUGAUGUGGCAGCCACUCAUCCACCUCCGCCUCCCCCACCAUUGCCAUCCCAUGUUACUUCUGCACCACCAGGGCCACCUGCACCCCCAUUACCUCCUCCUAAGCUAGCUGUGGCCAACAAUGCUUCACAGAAGUCAUCAACAAUCAGACCACCACCACCUCCACCAGGCCCCCACCCUAAGGUUUCGUCAAAUUCUUUACCUAGCAAGGGAAGUGUUGUCAGUUCUAACCCUCCCCCACCUCCAGCAUUUUCGUUUGGUGCAAAGGACCGUAGCACAGCCCGCUCCAAAAGUCCUAGAAGUUUACGUGCCAACCAGCCAUCUAAGAGAACUCCGCUGAAGCCAUUGCACUGGGUGAAAGUGUCAAGAGCGACACAGGGAAGUUUAUGGGCUGAAACACAGAAGUCUGAUGAAGCAUCUAGGGCUCCGGAGAUUGAUAUUUCUGAGCUUGAAAGUCUUUUCUCUGUAAUGAUGCCGAAUAUGGAGGCAAAACGACAACGACAACACCCUUCUGUUGCAACAAAACAAGAAAAAGUUCUUCUGAUUGACCUUCAGCGCUCAAAAAAUUGUGAAAUUAUGCUGAGGAACAUUAAGAUGCCACUGCCUGAUCUAAUGGGUUCAGUGCUUGCUCUUGAUGAUUCCAUAGUUGAUGGUGAUCAAGUAGAUUACCUAAUAAAGUUCUGUCCAACUAAGGAAGAAAUGGAACUACUCAAGGGUUAUACAGGCAAAAAGGAGAACCUAGGGAACUGUGAACAGUUCUUCAUGGAAAUGAUGAAAGUACCUAGGGUGGAAUCAAAACUGAGAAUCUUAUCAUUUAAGAUAAAGUUUGUUACACAGGUUGCAGACCUAAAAAAUAGUUUGAGUACCAUCAAUUCUGUUGCUGAAGAGGUUAGGAGCUCUGUCAAGCUUAAGCGAGUGAUGCAAACGAUUCUUUCUUUGGGGAAUGCAUUAAACCAAGGAACUGCUAGGGGUGCAGCUGUUGGAUUUAGAUUGGAUAGUCUUCUUAAGCUCAGUGAUAUACGGGCACGUAAUAAUAGGAUGACUCUCAUGCAUUAUCUAUGCAAGGUUCUUUCGGACAAGCUUCCUGAAGUUCUUGACUUCAACACGGAUCUUGCACAUUUAGAACCUGCCUCAAAGAUACAACUAAAGGAGCUGGCAGAAGAAAUGCAAGCAAUAACUAAAGGAUUGGAAAAAGUCGAGCAGGAACUAGCGACAUCUGAAAAGGAUCCUCCAGAGACAGAGAUAUUUUACAGGAAAUUGAAGGAAUUCCUUGCUGAUGCCCAAGCUGAAGGAAGGUCAUUAGCUUUGCUUUACAGCACCGCGGGCAAAAGUGCUGAUUCUCUAGCACAUUAUUUCGGUGAAGAUCCUGUGCGAUGUCCUUUCGAGCAAGUUGUCUCAACAUUGCUAAGCUUCGUGAAAACGUUUGAGCGUGCCCAUGCUGAGAACGUGAAACAGAUGGAGCUGGAAAAGAAAAGAGCCCAAGCGGAAGCAGAAAAAGAGAAGGCCAAACUUGGUGCUCACAAGAAGGGGGAGUCGCCGAAGCCUGGAGUUCCAGACCGGAUAGAAGGGGACUCCAGAUCGGACGGCUGGGGACGCAACCGCGGACGAUAUAUACCUCCGCCUCCGCCUGCUCCCAUGGCCACCGCCGCAUCCACCUCCGCCGCCGCCGCCGUCCUCGCGUCCCGGCUCCUCCGACGCUCGCCGCGCCUGCUGCGGCGCCUCAGCCUCUCGCGCGCGGCGCCAGCGGCACUCUCGUCGUCGAGCCGCCCCCUCGCGCCUCUCGCUCGCCAACCGCUCGGCCACCGCGCUCGGAUGGGGCACACCGCCGCAGCGGCCGCGGCCGCCGGACCAGCGCUCGGACUCACCAAGCCCAACGCCGUCGAGCCGCCUCAGAUCACCUUUUCCGCUAAAGACUUUGAAUUCUCCGAGUGGAAGGGCGAUAUUCUCGCCGUCGCUGUCACAGAGAAGGAUCUGUCCAAGGAUUCCGACUCCAAAUUCGAGAAUGCCGUCUUGAAGAAGCUGGACAGCCAGCUCGGCGGUCUCCUGUCGGAGGCGGCGGCGGAGGAAGAUUUCACGGGGAAAGCCGGGCAAUCGGUGGUUCUCCGCGUCGCAGGGCAGGGUUUCAAGAGGGUGGGCCUGAUUGGUCUUGGCCAGAACGCCCCGUCCACCGCCGCUGCUUGCCGGGGCCUUGGCGAGUCUGUCGCAUCAGUUGCCAAGGCUGCUCAAGCUAGCAGCGCUGCUAUUGUUUUUGCCUCUCCCAGUGGGAUCCAGGAAGAGUUCAAGCUGACUGCCGCUGCAGCAAUUGCUUCUGGAACUGUGCUCGGGUCGUAUGAGGACAGCAGAUACAAGUCUGAGUCAAAAAAGGUGCACCUGAAACAGGUUGAUAUUAUUGGACUGGGUUCUGGUCCGGAGGUGGAUCAGAAACUUAAAUAUGCUAAUGAUCUUUCGUCGGGCGUGAUAUUCGGUAGAGAGCUCGUGAACUCUCCCGCCAAUGUCCUUACCCCUGCUGUGCUUGCGGAAGAGGCAUCAAAGAUCGCUUCCACGUACAGUGAUGUGUUCACUGCCACAAUAUUAGACGAGGAGAAAUGCAAAGAGUUGAAGAUGGGAUCCUACUUGGCGGUUGCUGCCGCCUCUGCUAACCCCCCUCACUUCAUCCACUUGUGCUACAAACCCACUGAUGGGAACGUCAAGAGAAAGCUGGCUAUUGUUGGGAAGGGUCUAACUUUUGACAGUGGUGGCUACAACAUUAAGACUGGGCCAGGCUGCAGCAUUGAACUGAUGAAAUUUGACAUGGGGGGCUCUGCUGCUGUGUUUGGUGCAGCUAAAGCGUUGGGCCAAAUCAAACCUCCUGGAGUAGAGGUUCACUUUAUAGUUGCUGCCUGUGAAAAUAUGAUUAGCGGCACAGGCAUGAGACCUGGUGACAUUGUGACUGCUUCUAACGGGAAGACAAUUGAGGUAAAUAAUACUGAUGCAGAGGGAAGGCUUACCCUUGCUGACGCAUUGGUCUAUGCUUGCAACCAAGGUGUUGAGAAGAUUGUUGAUCUGGCAACACUAACUGGUGCUUGUGUUGUUGCACUUGGGCCUAACAUUGCUGGGAUUUUCACACCAAGUGAUGAGCUUGCCAAGGAGGUUACCGCUGCUUCUGAGGUAUCAGGCGAGAAGUUUUGGAGACUUCCACUGGAAGAGAGCUACUGGGAGUCCAUGAAGUCUGGUGUUGCUGAUAUGGUCAACACUGGCGGUAGGCAGGGUGGUUCUAUUACUGCUGCUUUGUUCCUGAAGCAGUUUGUUGACGAGAAAGUCCAGUGGAUGCACAUCGACAUGGCGGGGCCAGUGUGGAAUGACAAGAAGCGUGCUGCCACCGGUUUCGGAGUCUCCACAUUGGUGGAGUGGGUCCUCAAGAACUCCUCUUCCUGAACACAAACACAUACGCUUUUCCUUUUCCAAGCGGGACCCGGGAAUGCAGGACUACCAUGGUUUUUCUUUUGUUGUUGCUACCAUUUUAUAGUUGCCACUUGCAAACUCCCAGCAAAGCGGACGGCGCUUUUGGUAUACCAAGUGGGGUGUGUGUGAUACUGUGAUAGAAUAAGCAUAAGGGUUGGAAUUGGAACUCCUGUUGUGUCAUCAGUGACGGAGUGUGCUGGGUCCUUUCCAUGAAAGUAGCGCGCUGCUGCUUCCGUGUAACGAUCUCCGUCGAAUGAAAUAACGUUUAUUCCUUU